UAGAUUUUCGCUUGCACGUUUGUCCGCUUCGAAUAAGCGAAUGCCAUUUGUUCUUGGUAUGUAUCGAGAUGGAGUCUUCGUGAUUUACCCUUUUCUCGUCCUGUUUUGCCAUCUCAACUUUGUCCUCUUCAUUAGUUUAUUAGAGUUUAGAAAAGCUUGCACGCGUCUUCGAUCUUGCAAUUUGCUCUCUCUGCUCUUCUUGUCAGUGCAUUGUGCUAGCCUGCCAGUUCGUGAAGGACAAGAUCAAUGGCAGCUAACGAAGAGGAUUCAACGCUUUUCAAGCUGGAAUUCGCGUGUUCGGAUUUGAGAACACUCCUGCAAUCAUCAGUUCAAAUGGAAAAAAGCCUGGAAGAGAUGGAGAGGAAUUUUGAUUUUAUAGAUGAAAGUCUUUCAACAGCUGCCAAAAGAGUAGCUCCUUUGCAGUCCUUGGCUAUGGCUGCUAAGGCUCUCGAGACCAGAAUCAAUAGAGCUGUCUCUCCGGCUCUUGCUCUCCUCCAUAGUUUCAAGCUCUCUGAAUCUCUCCAGAACAAGCUUAUUGAACUCUCCAACAAACUAUCCACUGAGAAAAACCCGAGAAAGAGGCUUAAAAAGCUGCUCAAAUAUGUUGAAUGUGUUGAUCAGCUUAAUGCGGCCAUUAACUUAAUCAGUCGAGACGGUGAACCGAUGAUUCAGAAGCUUCAAGAGGUGGUGGAAUUCUUGAGCAGGACAAAAGCCGCGGAUCAAUAUCGAACACAGAGAUUGAAGGAGACUUUAAUCACAGUGAAAGCUUUAUAUGAAUCUGAAGUUGAUGACAUGAGGUUUGAUGGGUUGCUUGAUGAGGCUUUACUAAACCUGCAGGACGAAUUCGAGAUUAUGUUACAGAAAAUGAAGCAUCAAAAUAUAGGGGAGCAACAAGCAGAUAAAGAAGCUGAUCAGACGGUGGUUUCUGACCUUGGCACGGACAUGGAGAUCCAAGUUGUCAGGCGAAUUGCAGAAACCCUGGCUGCCAAUGAUUGUAUGGAUAUCUGUAUUGAUAUCUUCGUUAAGGUAAGAUACAGAAGAGCAGCAAAAGCGUUGAUGCGAUUAAACCCUGAUUACUUAAGAACAUACACUCCGGAAGAAAUUGAUGAAAUGGAGUGGGAGAGCCUGGAGACAGCAAUUUCUCUCUGGAUCCAGCAUUUUGAACUCGCACUUAAAACAGUGUUUGUAUCAGAAAAAAAACUUUGCAAACAAGUUUUGGGAGGACUUCCGGAAGUGCUUGUGUGGCUAGAGUGCUUUGUUAAGAUUGCAGAUAAAAUCAUGGCCGUUUUUUUCCGAUUUGGGGAAGGCGUUGCAAGGAGUAACAAAGAACCACAGAAAUUGUUCAAGCUCUUAGAAAUGUUCGACUCCUUAGAGAAGCUGAAAGUCGAAUUUUCAGAGAUUUUUGAAGGUGAAUCAGGAGCUGAUAUUUGUAUACGUUUUAGGGAACUUGAAAAGCUACUCGUGCAUGCUUCAAGCAAAGUAUUUUGGGAGUUUGGCCUCCAAAUUGAAGGCACUUCCGAUGGUUUCCCUCCACCGCAAGAUGGUUCAGUCCCAAAACUAGUGAGAUAUGCUCUCAAUUACCUUAAGCACCUGACCACGGAGACGUACAGUGCAUACAUGGCUAAAGUUUUUCGGACAGAACAAGUCUGGAAAGCUGGUAUCUUAUCAAAAUCUGAAACUGAUGAAAAUUUACUCCAGGAUGCCAUCUCUAACAUCAUGGAAGCUCUUCAGAGAAACAUCGAAUCUAAAAGUUCACGUUACAAAGACAAAAUUCUCACCCACAUAUUUGUCAUGAACACCUACUGGUACAUUUACAUGAGAAGCAGAAAUACAGAACUUGGGAAGCUUUUAGGAGAUCAAUACAUGAAACAGAAAUACAAGACGGUUGCUGAGGAGUCAGCUUACAUGUAUCAAAGGCAAGCGUGGGACCCUUUAGUAAGGUUGUUAGAGAAGGAAGAUCUGAUUGAGCAAGACAAUGACAGCAGGGGAACGGGAGCUCUUGCAAGAGGUAAAAUGGAAGCAUUUUUCACUUGUUUUGAUGAGAUCUCACGAAGGCACAGAGGGGGUUACAACAUUCCUGAUGCUGAUUUGAGAGCUCAAAUAAGGGAAGCAACAGUGAAGCUGGUGGUUCCUGUUUACAGUGAAUUCUUGAACGCACACUCAAGCUUGUUGCCUGUAAAAUCUUAUGUUAGUCCUGAAUCCUUGGAAAGAUUGCUGGCUCAGGUUUUUAAUGGAACUGAUCCAACGGGCAAUGGGAGGCUGAAGCGCCGAGAUUCCAAUAAUAGAGUUCCUGGGAGGAACUCGGUUUCUGUGGAGGGAGAGUUCAGGAAUCCAAGGCGAUCCAGAUCAAAUUCCAUCGAUGUAUGAAUCAUUGAAUGCUUUCUACCUUAUGGUUUUUCCAACCUUAAAACUGUUAUCAUGUUAAAAAGCUUGAGUUGAGGAGGUGAAACACCUAAUUAGGAUUGCUUCCUUUUUUAUAAUACAGAUGUAAUUUACUGAUGCAAUGCAAAUGUACACUGAAUUUUAUA